AUGAAAAAUGAUGCUAACCAAACUCCAGCAAUUGCCGCCGUGUUACGAACGCCGUUCUACCGUGCGGCGCAGAUUGUUACGCUUAGCGAAUCUAUCGCUGCUAUUAUUUGCGUCGUAUAUGCCUUCGCUGCGUACAGGAAAAUGUUUAGUCUUCAUUUAAACAUAGCUCUACUACUAUAUUUGCUCUACAUAUCGUGUUUUAUUCAUGCAGUAGUCUAUUCCAUAUCUAAAAUCUAUCAACUCUACAUAUCCUUCUUCACAUCUAACCCAUGUCAUAUGUUUCUUCCAAGGACAUUUUAUAUCAUAUCCCAUAAUGUUAUUGUGUUUGGAAAUACUGGAGUGUUCAACACCUUAGCAGCUAUGGUCAUUGAACGAUGUGUGGCUACAGUACUAGUGGACACAUAUGAAAGAAGAUUUCACGCCCUUGGAUUCGUACUCUGUUCCGUAGUGCUAAUCAUCACUUCAAUGGAAUUAGGAUUUGGAUACGAGGCGGUAGCUGGAGAAUACCUGAUGACAAACAGUGUCAUGCAUCCG